AUGGUCCGCUUACACAGUUCUGCUCUUCGUGGAGCUCUGCGCUCUAGCGUCUUGCCAUCGGCAGCUCGCCCCUCACACGCACAUUUGCCCUCCACCGCCGCGCAGCAGCAGCAUCUGCGACUGUUCGCCGCUUCGGCGCGAUGCCGCGCCAAUGAGAAGCAGCAAGCUUCUUUCAAGAGCCAGCUCUAUGAAAGCACUCAGCAGCGGCUGAAGCGUGAGCGCGAGGAGCAGGAGCGGUAUGCGCAGUAUCAGACUCAAUCUUCGGGGAGUCGGUAUGCGGCGAUGAUGUUUGCGAUCAUCUUCUUCUCCACCGGAGCUUACUACCUUGGAUCUCUCAAGCCCGCCGCCCUUCCUACCUCCUCCACCACCUCCCUCGCAGACCUCGAACCCCCCCGGCACAAUGUCUCGGAAUCCAACCUGCAGGCCGCCUGGUCUGAUUUUGUCGAAAUUCUCGGCAAAGAGAACGUCUCCACAACACCUGACGAUCUCGAAACUCACGCCGGCUCGGACUGGUCCUCAUAUACCCGGAAGCAAAAUGAGAAGCCUUUCCUCGUUCUCUACCCUUCCACGACCGAGGAGGUUUCGCGCAUCAUGAAGGUCUGCCAUCAACGGGUGAUUCCCGUGACACCGUAUUCAGGCGGAACGAGCCUGGAGGGCCACUUUGCGUCGACGCGCGGUGGGGUGUGUAUCGAUUUUAGCCGCAUGAAUCGGAUUUUGGACCUGCAUAAGCGCGAUCUGGAUGUGGUGGUGCAGCCCGCUGUGAACUGGGAAGAUCUGAAUGAGCAAUUAGCCCAGGAUGGCUUGUUUUUCCCGCCCGAUCCCGGUCCCGGGGCCAUGAUCGGUGGAAUGGUGGGCACCGGGUGCUCGGGGACGAACGCAUAUCGCUACGGAACCAUGCGAGAGUGGGUUCUGUCACUGACGGUCGUGUUGGCCGAUGGGACGGUGAUCAAGACUCGUCAACGUCCGCGCAAGUCGAGUGCAGGAUACGACUUGACCAAGCUCUUUAUUGGCAGCGAAGGAACUCUCGGUCUGGUCACCGAGGCGACCUUGAAAUUGACCGUCAAGCCGGCGAGUCAGAACGUGGCGGUUGCCAGUUUUCCGAGCAUCCAGGAUGCAGCCCAAUGCGUGACCCAUGUGGUCGAGGCGGGAAUCCCCGUCGCCGGGGUUGAAAUUCUCGACGACGUACAGAUGAAAUGCAUCAAUGAGAGUGGAUCGACCACGCGUGCCUGGAAGGAGGCGCCGACGUUGUUCUUCCGUUUCGCGGGGACUCCGACCGCAGUCAAGGAGCAGAUUUCUAUGGUGCAGAAGAUCGCCUCCAAGACGUCGAGCAAAUCCUUUGAGUUUGCCCGUGGGGAGAGCGAAAUGGCCGAGCUCUGGAGUGCUCGCAAGGCGGCGCUGUGGAGUGUGAUGGCGAUGCGUCGACACCCCGAUGAUCACGUCUGGACGACGGAUGUCGCGGUCCCGAUGAGCAAGUUGCCGGAUAUUAUCGAUGCCACCAAGGCUGAUAUGACGCGAAGUGGUCUCUUGGCUGGUAUUUGUGGACAUGUGGGUGAUGGAAACUUCCACGCGAUUAUUCUCUUCAAUGAAAAGGAAAAGGAGAUUGCCGAAGGUGUUGUCCAUCGGAUGGUCAAGCGUGCCGUGGAGCUGGAAGGGACCGUGACGGGCGAGCACGGCGUUGGGCUGGUCAAGCGUGACUAUUUGAACCACGAGUUGGGCGAAACGACCGUGGACACAAUGAGACGGUUGAAAAUGGCUUUUGAUCCACUACGACUGCUCAAUUGCGACAAGGUCAUUCGCACGGAGCAGCCUGCACCAGGUGAGGUCAAGGACUGGUAG